AUGGAGGAUAAACGGAUAGGGGGACUACAGGAAAUAGAGAAGUGCAAACCCAAGAAAUGUCGCCAGGAGUGUAAGAAGUCCUGCCCUGUUGUGCGCAGCGGCAAGCUGUGUAUCGAGGUCACGCCUGAGUCCCGCAUCGCGUUCCUGUCCGAGAGCCUGUGUAUUGGUUGCGGUAUCUGCCCCAAGAAAUGUCCCUUUGGUGCCAUCAACAUCAUCAACCUGCCCACCAACCUCGAAUCCCAGGUCACGCACAGAUACUCGGCCAACAGCUUCAAGCUGCACCGCCUGCCCACGCCGCGACCGGGCCAGGUCCUUGGUCUUGUGGGAACAAACGGUAUCGGCAAGAGUACGGCGCUCAAGAUCCUCAGUGGCAAGCUCAAGCCCAACCUGGGCAAGUACGACAACCCGCCCGACUGGGAGGACGUCAUCAAGUACUUCCGUGGCUCUGAGCUGCAAAACUACUUCACGAAGCUGCUGGAGGACGACCUCAAGGCCGUUGUCAAGCCGCAGUACGUCGAUCAGAUUCCCAAGGCCAUCCGCGGCCCCAACAAGUCGGUCCAGUUCCUGAUCGAGAGCCGCGCAUCGCUCGACAACCUGGACGAGGUGCUGGACACGCUUGAGCUGCGCCACAUUUACGACCGUGACGUCUCGCUCCUCUCUGGUGGUGAGCUGCAGCGUUUCGCCAUCGGCACUGUUUGCGUGCAGAAUGCGGACGUCUAUAUGUUCGAUGAGCCGUCGUCGUACCUCGAUGUCAAGCAGCGCCUGUCGGCUGCCCGCAUCAUCCGCUCGCUUCUGCGGAGCGAUGAUUACGUCAUUGUCGUCGAGCACGAUUUGUCCGUGCUCGACUACCUCUCCGACUACAUUUGCGUGCUGUACGGUCAGCCGGCUGUGUAUGGUGUCGUGACGCUGCCGCACUCCGUGCGCGAGGGUAUCAACAUCUUCCUCGACGGCCACAUCCCGACAGAGAACCUGCGGUUCCGUAACGAGUCGUUGACGUUCAAGCUGUCGGAGGGCGCCGACGAAUUCAUUGCCGAUCGUUCUCGCGCAUUCCACUACCCCAAGAUGGAGAAAACCAUGGGCAACUUCAAGCUACAGAUUGACUCUGGCGACUUCACCGACUCGGAGAUUCUCGUGCUCAUGGGCGAGAACGGUACGGGCAAGACCACCUUCUGUCGCCUGCUUGCCGGCGCCCUGAAGCCGGACGGCACCAGUCGUGUACCGGAGAUGAAGAUCAGCAUGAAGCCGCAGACCAUCACACCCAAGUUCGACGGUACCGUGCGCCAGCUGUUCUUCAAGAAGAUCCGUCCCGCCUUCCUCUCGCCCCAGUUCCAAACUGACGUUGUCAAGCCGCUCAAACUUGACGACUUUAUCGAUCAGGAGGUGAAGAACCUGUCAGGUGGUGAACUGCAGCGUGUCGCCAUUGUUCUAGCCUUGGGUCUGCCUGCCGACAUCUACCUGAUUGACGAGCCGUCCGCCUACCUUGAUUCCGAGCAGCGUAUCAUUGCCGCGCGUGUCAUCAAGCGCUUCAUCAUGCACGCCAAGAAAACGGCGUUCAUUGUCGAGCACGAUUUCAUCAUGGCGACGUACCUGGCAGACCGUGUCAUUGUCUUUGACGGUCAGCCGGGUAUCAACGCUCAUGCCAACGCGCCCGAGUCGCUGCUGACGGGCUGCAACACGUUCUUGAAGAACCUGGACGUCACGUUCCGUCGCGACCCGACCAACUACCGACCUCGUAUCAACAAGAGCAACUCGCAGCUCGACCAGGAGCAGAAGGCCGCCGGCAACUACGUGAGUUCAUGCCUCUAUCCCUUUAUAAACCCAUCGUUUAUGCAAACUAACAAAAACACAGUUCUUCCUGGAAGAGGACAACAGCAAAGCGUUAUGAAGGGCGCCCUAAAGGGCUCUUUCAACGAACGUGUGCACGUGCAGACGGUCUUGUCCAGAUGGACCGUCCGGCCGUCUUCCCAAGCGUCCGAGCCGACGCAUGACCCGCGCCGCGGAGUUUCUCACGAGACGGACAGCGGCGCCGAGGAUGAUUGCAACCGCGACAACGACAACAUGACGACCGGCAGCUCGAUGGCGUCUGCUACCAUGGCCAACGGUACGCGCCACGGUGGUAAUGAUGGCAAUGACCAGGGCGGCGACGAUGAUGAGCCAGAGGGCUAA